UUUUACGCAGAGGGUUUGUCUCACCUGCUGAAACGCAACUUCACCAUUCAAGCACAAACAGAGCCAUCUUUCGCUCUCACCUCCAAUUAAUAUCCAGGUCAGCGCUUCUCUUGCGCGUCUUUUUGUGUUUGUUUUGUUUUGUCUGUGGCUUUAUUUUGAUGGUAUACUACCAUGCACUCUGCGUAUGGAUCUUCUCUUCCAGAGUAUAGGCGAACAAAGCGCAUCUAAAGCCUCUCCAGAGAACAAAAAAAAGCACGGAUUGCUUUGCCUGUAAGUACUCAGGAUAACCAUUUGGCUUCUUUUGUUUGUUUUUCUUGAUGUUAUAGGCUGUUUGUGUGUAGUUCACUGGGAAAGAAACGCGCUGUUAAAGAUGGAUACGCUCUUCCUUAGCCCGAUUGGAUAGGCAUUUUUUAUUAUAGGGAAUGCUGGACACAAAUAAUAAUGGCAAGGUUUUGGAAAGCGCUGCUGGACACGUUAUUGUUUUUUUCCUGGGAGUAGAACAGGCCUGUGUCGAUGCUUUAAAAUCACAAACAACUCGAUACUGCAGCACACAUACAAACAUUUCAUCUCCCAAGGCGUGAACUGCCAUAAUAAAAAAUAUACUGACAAAUAACAUCAAAUAAGAAAGUAUGGAGCACACCGGCAUCGAGGAGGUGAACCAGACGCACCAGCAGCAGCAGCAUGAGCCCAUCAGCUUCGGGAUAGACCAGAUCCUUAACAGCUCGGACCAGUCCAGUGGAUCCUGCAUGCUGCCCAACCGGACAACCGGCGACCCGGAUUACGCGCUGAUGGCACCAAACGUGUACAGCAGCAACGGCGGCUACAACAGCGUCUACAACAACCCGGCCUGCUCCAUGGCGGCGGCGGCGGCGGGUCUGGCCGGCUCCUACAACGUCAACAUGAACAUGAACGUCAGUAUGAACAUGAACGUUAACGUGAACUCGUCCGGUGGCGGUGGUGGUGGAGCCGGUGGGGUGAUCCGGGUGCCGGCGCACAGACCCAUGCCGCCUCCGCCGCCUCCCGCCGCUGCCGCGCCGCAUCCGCCGCCUUCCGCGCAUCCGGCGUGCCUGGGUCCUGGCAUCGCCUCGGUGCCCGGGAUGGGGAUGGGGAUGGGAAUGGGGAAUGCGGCAAACUUCACCUUCCCGUGGAUGGAGAGCAGUAGGAGGUUUGCCAAGGACAGACUAACAGGGGAGCAGGCAGAGGAGAGCCGAGCCGGAGAGGGCACAGGGGGGCCGGGGCCCACCCUCUGUCCUCUCCCCAAGGGAGACAUCGGCAGGGUCCCAGUCUGGAGCACUGUGGAGACAUUAGCCAAAUGUUAUUACCCCGAGCUCGCUCACCUGCGAGACGGCAGUGGCCUUCUAGCAGACUAUCCUUUUCCAAAGGGGGCUUGCCCAGCAGCCCUCUCACCCUUCUCCGUGACCCGUCGUAUCGGCCACCCUUACCAGAACCGGACGCCGCCCAAGAGGAAAAAGCCUCGCACCUCCUUCAGCCGGGUGCAGAUCUGCGAGCUGGAGAAACGUUUUCAUCGUCAGAAGUACCUGGCGUCGGCUGAGCGUGCAACCUUGGCCAAGGCCCUGAAGAUGACAGACGCACAAGUCAAGACCUGGUUUCAGAACAGACGGACAAAAUGGCGGAGACAGACUGCAGAGGAGAGAGAGGCCGAGAGGCAGCAAGCCAACCGGCUGAUGCUGCAGCUUCAGCAGGAAGCUUUCCAGAAGACGUUGAGCCAGCCUCUGCAGCCGGACCCGCUCUGCCUGCACAACUCCUCCCUCUACGCCCUGCAGAACUUGCAGCCCUGGGCAGACGACAAUAAGCUGAUCUAAAAGAGAGGAGGGCACUUUAUCCAUAAGUGCCAGGAAAACAAAUGGACACCUCUGUACAUGCCCAACUAUCAAGACUGUCCCCCCUUUUGCCUCUGGAUCCCUCACGAGGCGGCAGAGACUCUCUGCCAAUAACGGCAAAAAAAGACCUCCUGUUUUUCGCUUUUGACUUUGUACAAUGUAGUAAAUGCAUGUUUCAACCCUUUUCUGUGUGCACUCGGAAGUACCAUUGAAGUCAGCCGCCGUCGAGGUGGACUGUUCAAGUGGUAGUGGAUUGGCGGAACUCCUGAUGACGAACUCCUCACUAUGUUCAAUUUAAAGGUGUUUUAUAUUAAAUGAUAUUGUGACUUUUUGAAAAGAUGA